UGGCAGCGCUGGUGGAGGUGUGGCGCGGGGUGUACAGCAGCAGUGGGGGCAGCGCGGGCGUGCGCGCGUGGCACCCCUCCAUGGACCCUUGCAGCGAGCUCGCGCCCUUCCCUCUGCACUGCAUGCCCACCGUGUCCGCCCAGGCCGACCAGCGAAUCGUCUCCCUCACGCUUGCAGGGCAGGCAUUGCGAGGCACACUUAGUGCGGCGGUGGGAAACCUCUCCAACCUGGCAGAUUUUACGCUCAACGACACAAGGGUGGGCGGCACUCUGCCUCAAUUCCGCAGCUCUACACUGGUUGACCUCUCUAUUCUCAACAGCCCUGUUGGAGGCCCCAUCCCCUCACUCCUCGCCACGGCACCGACUCUCACCUCACUGGCCAUCUCCGGCACGAGGGUCAACGGCAGCAUACCAGAGGAGUUGGUCAGCGCCACCAGCACGCUUCAAUCACUGAAUCUGAGAAGCAACAGCCUGGCUGGGUCUCUGCCGUCCUCUCUGUCUGGCUUGACAUCGCUCACCACUCUUGACCUUGCAGGCAAUACCCUGUCAGGCCCUCUCCCCUCUCAGCUCAUCCGAUCAGGCCUCUCUCUCAGGCUGUCUCCUGGCAACACUGACCUCUGUAUCCCACCUGCUGCUGCUGCAGCUGCUGCUGCUGCUGCCACACCCACCGCCCCCACCCUCCCGCCCAAUACGUCCAUCUGCCCAGCCUCCCCUCCUCCCCCCGCCGCUGCUCCCCUCCCUCCGCUCGCCUCCAAUCUUCCCCCCGCCGCUGUGGCUGUCAUAGCAGCAGGGGGUGCUGCGCUGGUGGCGGUGCUGCUGGGUGCGGUGCUGUGGAGAGUGGUGGGGUGGGGGAAGGGGAAGGGGAAAGGCGAGGAGGGGUUGAUAGAAGGCGCUGAGGCUGUGCCACGUGCUCGAGAGGUGGCGGAUGGCUUGACGGAGUUCCAGCUGUGGGAGCUGCAGGAAGCAACCGAGAACUUUCACUUCUCGCGCCUCAUAGGCCGGGGCGGGUUCGGCCACGUGUACCGAGGAACGCUCUCUGACGGCUAUGAGGUAGCUGUGAAGAUGCUAGUUGCAACACCGAGCGGGGGCCAGGGCGAAGCAGAGUAUCGGAUAGAGAUAGAGGUGAUAGGCCACGUGCACCACCGCAACUUGGUGCAGCUCGUGGGGUUCUGCUGUGAGGGGGACUCUCGCCUGCUGGCGUACGAGUUUGUCUCUGGUGGCAGCCUGUCGUCUCGACUGAGAGAAAAGACUAACCCGAUGACCUGGGAGCACCGUGUGCGAGUGGCAGUAGGUUCUGCUAAAGGCCUGGCCUACCUGCACGAGCAGUGUGAGCCGCGCAUCAUCCACCGCGACGUGAAGCCCGCCAACAUCCUGCUGGACGCUACCGGGGAGGCCAAGAUAGCUGAUUUUGGGCUGGCCAAGGUCAUGCCUCAAGGAGUCAAUGACAUGACCACCCGUGUGCUGGGCACGUGGGGCUACGUGGCACCGGAGUACGUAGGCAGUGAGCGGGUGGGAGUGGCAGCAGACGUGUUCAGCUUCGGAGUGGUGCUGCUGGAGCUGCUCUCAGGCCAGUCGCCCCACAACACGGAGGACCUGCUUGAACGGGCCGAGGCGUGCCUCUCAGAGGGAGCUCUGGAUACCUUUGCCGACCCGGCGCUACUAGCAUCUGGCUUGGACGAGCAGCAGUUCCUGAGGGUGCUGCGCAUCGCGCUGCUCUGCCUCGAGUACAACCCCGACCAGCGGCCCCCCAUGGCCUCUGUCGUGCGCUUCCUCACCUCCCCGCACGCGCCUCUGCCCGAUGAGGACAGCCCGCUAGAGCCCAUCUUGGAGGGCUUGGGGGAUGGCCCUGGUGGUGGCGGUGGUGGUGGUGGUGGUUAUUCCGAGAGCUCUGAUACCAGUGGGGGGUUGGAGGACGGGUGUAUGGUGGAGGAGGGUUUGGGUGAGGGUGGGAGUUGGUUGAAUGGGGGAGGUGGUGAGGGGAAGGAGAAGGGUGAUGGAGAGGAUGAGUUUGCGUUGGGGGAUGGUGGUGGCGGUGCGAUGGGGGAUGAUGUGGAGGUGGUGGUGGAUGAUAUUGAUGAUGGGCAUGAGGGUGAUGCGCGUGGGUCGCACGUGGAAGGGCAGGGGACGCUGGCGCUGAACAUGGUGCCAUCCCUUUUGCAUUCUCACGUUGCCUCUCGCCAUUUCACCCACCAUCCUCACCGCCGGCACCAGCAGCACCAGCAGCACCAGCCCGCAGAAUCAGCGACAGCAGCAGGCAUGAGGGGUCGCUCGCUCGCCUAUCUGCGGGCGUCGCUCAACCGCAAGCGCGGCGGCGCGUCGGCGAUCUCGUCGAUCUCAUCGCGUGCCGCCUCCAGCGCCGUCGAUCGCGCUCCAGCCAACGCGCUUGCCGCUUCUGCCGCGUCUGUCGCUUCGUCUGACGCGAUCUUUGACCCGAUCACCCCAUCCCCCGCUGCUAUCCACCCCCCCGCUACCUCCGCUGCCGCCGCCGCUACCGCCGCCGCCAGCCAUGUGCCUUCAGUCGCCGCCGUCGCGCGUAGUCUCCUCCUCCCCGCCCUGUCACCUGCUCCCUCGCCCCGCGAGGCUGCUCCGCUCGCCGCCUCUCAGCUUGGCGCUCGAUAUAGUCACAGCAUGAUUCGUCGAGAGUCCGUUGUCGCGGAGGCGUUGGAUCCCCCCGCAGCAGCGGAGGGCAGUUUGGGGGAGGAGUUUUCCGCAAGGGCGGAGGGUACAGGGAACGCGCAGGUUCCCGCUGAGGGGGGUGAGGGCGGAACGGUGGAGGCUGGGGGGGGGAGCAGCGGAGGUGGGGGGGCAAAUGCGGAAAUGCCAGGGUUGCAGAGUGAGUGA